AAACUCGUCUGUUCCAUUUUUCUCAACGCGAUAAAUUUAAUUUUACUUAUAAUUAACUUUGCUAAUAAUAUUUUCUUUGUUUUACUAAUUGUAUACAAUCGACGAAAAAAGAUGGAUAAAAGAGAUCAGGGAUACAAAGAACUUCAUGCUCCAAUAUUCUACAAUUUCUUUUUCAUUUCCAGUAUUUUCGUAGUUCUUCAAGAUUUAAGUUUUCUUAUAAGAGUUAUCGGAUAUAAUGAUCCAAUUUAUGAUGUCGUCUAUAUAUUUUGUAUUAACGCAGUAAUAUUUUGUUUCACGAGUAUGUCAUUUGCUUGUAUGAUAUUUCUUCAAUUUCUCUCAGUUGCUCAACGUUUAGUCAUAUUAUACUUGCCAAAACUAAAAUGGCUUUUCAUGGAGUAA